GCCGAAGUGCAGUAGCGGCGGUUGGAGUGGCUGGGGACCAUGACCCAACAGGGCGCGGCGAUGCAGAACUACAACAACGAGCUGGUCAAGUGCAUUGAGGAGCUGUGCCAGAAGCGGGAGGAGUUGAGUCGGCAGAUCCAGCAGGAAGAGGAUGAGAAGCAGCGGCUGCAGAAUGAGGUGAGGCAGCUGACUGAGAAACUGGCCCGCGUCAAUGAGAACCUGGCACGCAAGAUCGCCUCUAGAAACGAAUUUGAUCAGACCAUCGCGGAGACCGAGGCUGCCUACCUCAAGAUCCUGGAGAGCUCGCAGACUCUACUUAAUGUCCUGAAGAAGGAAACUGGAAACCUGAGCAAGGCCACCGCCUCAGAGCAGAAGGGCAGCGGAGGCAAGGACAGCUGACAAGGCCCCAGGAGGGGAGGCGUACCUCCACUGCGCCCACCGACGGCUUGGCCCCCAGCAGGCCUGUCUUCAAAGCAUCUUUGUCCUUCACAACAGCAGCUGCCUUCUCUUACUGUCUUGGGUGCCGGGAGAGGCAGCUGCCAAUCUCCACUGCCCUUGGGCACAGCCCACCAGGUGGGGCUCCUAGCCAUGCACUCACUCAGGCAUCUAGGAGGGCGGGCCCUGGGUCAGCUCCACGUGGGGCUGCUCUGAAACCCCCACACCUCCCCAGGCUGUGGGAAGGCCCUGCUUCUAGUCUCAGCAUCAUGGGAGUCUCCUCAUGUUUUCCCUCUGCCAGCGGGUGCCCAGGCUAGGCAAGUGGGGGGCGGGGGGUGGUGGCUGGGGCCCUCCUUCACCUCGGGGCUCUCUCUAGUGGCCUGUGACUGUCAGUAAAGGUUGUCUUUGUAAAGGUC